AUGAUUCGCGAGCCACUCCGCACGAUCCGAUCGCGCUACAACCAUGGCAAUGUCGCCGCCUUUGGCCACACGUCCGAGUGCAACACGCAGAUCUCGGUGAACUCGAGUCUAAGUGAGAAACAAAAGAACCUGCAGAAAACGCUGCAGCACUACGUCCUGUGGCACACGUUCGGUGAAGUGAUCUCGGAAAAGAGCCUGCGCGCGGAGGAUACGACGGAUCUGGGACGCCUCACGGAGACCAUCGACAGCUUGUCACAGUUGACGGGUCGGCCUGUUCAGGUCAGCCAGUCGAUGCUACAAGCCUUGCUGACGGACCGCAACCAUUCGAACAGCGCGAAGACCCAGAAGAAGCAUGCGGUGACUUGGGCGAUGUUGGCGGCCAUCGACCCGCCGUUUACGACCAUGUGCCAGAUGCUGGCGCUACGACACGGCUACUACAUCCCCGAGAGUGAGCUGGUUCCCGACCUGCAAGAUGCCCAGCACCACCCACAGCAGCACUGCGCGCUUGAUGAGCAGGGCCGGUUUGGGUGCUGGCUGCAACGGAUGGAGGAGUGA